CUGCUGCAAAAGAUAUAAAAUCAGGAUCUAGAUUUAUUUUGAAGAAACUUGGUCGUGAUAUUACUAGUUUGAUAAAAACUUCAAAUGAUAAUGUCGAAACUAAAUUAAAUAAGAGGAAACGAGGAAUAAAUAAAUAA